AUGGAAGCUAAUCACUUGGACUCUAAUGUACUUUUGCCCCCACGAAAACGGCUUCUUGCCUGUAUGAAAUCCCGGAAUGGGAAUGGCAAUUCCGAUUCCAAUUCCAAUUCCAAUCCGCCAUCAACUUCCAAUCCCAUGAACGAAUUUGGUACCCGUCUCAAUAACUUGCUGAGCGUUCAUCAGAAUGACAAUAAUCUUUCCCAAUUGAAGAUCGUGGAGGCUUCAAGAUCAGCAGCUGAAGUUGCAUCCAAGAUUGCAAUAGCUGCAAGAGCUUUAGCUGAGAAGAAAGCGGUAAUGGCAGCCAUUGCCAUGGCUGCCGCCAAGAAAGCUUUAGAAUUAGUAGCAGCUAUUAACGAACAGGAGACUUCAUCAUCUACCUCAAAGAAGAACAAAAGAAAGAAACAUGUUGAUGUUCAAAUGUUGUAUGAUAACAACAAGAAUUCAAGCGUUGAAAAUGGAAAAACAAGUGAUGAAGAAUUAGCUCGACAAUUGCAUCAUGUCAUAAACAGGUCCCCUAGAAUUCCUAAGAAGCUUAAAAUCCCGCUUCCUUCGGAAAAUGGUAGAAUUAAUGAAGAUGAAAAUUUGAUAAAAGUUGAUGAAUUUGAAGAGGAUAAGGGUGUUCAAGGAAACAACUCGUUUAAAACAAAACAAAACUAUACAAUCAUAAUGUUCAUGUUCAUAGGCUCAACAUGAACGUGCAUAGAAUUGUUGGCUUCAAAGACGUGACCAUAGAAGUCUAUAGUAUAAGUGAUCUUUUUUUUUUUUUCUUCUCUCAUUAGUUUGCAUAGUAAUCGAUUGUGUUUAUCAUGGUUUUGUAAAGGCAAGAACGUGAUUUAAUUACUUGAAUAAUGUUUCCUGUUUUUCUUUUAUUAUGUUUACAUAUAUAUGUAAAAUGUCCAUUUAACAAAUUUUGUAUAAUGUUGUUUAUCUUGGUCUGUCCUCGCUGGCAAACCCUAAUCUCUUGCAUUUAAGGGAUAAUGUUGUUCAAUUAAUGAAGUUAUCAGUUUAUGUGGUGACAAAAAAAAAAUUUGGAUUAGCGUAUCGGCA